UUCCCGAAAUGCCCCUGAUAAAUUCGAAAUUAAUAUUAAAUAACUAUUUUUCUAUAUAAUUCGAAAUAGCUUCCCCCUAUUCCUUAGCACUCUCGUUCUCGUCCUCCGGCGGUGAGCGUAGAGUUAACUCUCACCGUUAAUGGGGAAGGAGAAGCUGGUGGUGGAGGUGGUGGCGGCGCACAACCUCAUGCCCAAGGAUGGGCAGGGCUCGUCGUCGCCGUUCGUGGAGGUGGAGUUUGAGCACCAGAAGAGGAGGACCCUUGCAAAGCACAAGGACCUCAACCCCGUCUGGAAUGAACGCUUGGUCUUCUCCGUCUCCGACCCUGCUGACCUCCCUUACCGAGCGAUCGACGUCGGGGUUUAUAACGAGCGGGAGUCCGGCAUCGGUGGCCGGAACUUUCUUGGCAAGAUCCGGAUCCCCGCCUCCGGUGUCCCAGCGCCGGGAGAAGACGCUGUUCCGCAGCUGUUCACGCUUGAGAAGCGUAGCCUUUUCUCACACAUCCGCGGUGAGAUCAGCCUAAAAAUCUACCGCAUCACCGGCGGGGAUCCCGGUUCAACGGCGGGGAACAUAGAUCAGCGUAUCACGAAAGCGAAAGAGCACGUACCUGAGAAGCCGCAGACGAAACAGCAAGUGGUGACGGCGCCGAUCCAGCCGGUGCUGAAGCAGCCGGAGCCGGCAGCGAGACAUGCCGAUCCUGUCCCCAUCGCCGCGCCGCAGCCAGUCGUGCUCCCCACCGGACCCGAGAUCUACUCCGGGGCAGGCUUCGGGACAAGCGCUGGCGUUCAUGAUUUCUCGCUGAAAGAGACGAAGCCUCGUCUCGGCGGCGGUGCCGGCGCUGGCUCCCGCGAUAAGACGAGCUCGACCUACGAUCUCGUGGAGCAAAUGCAAUACCUCUAUGUCCGCGUGGUCCGUGCUCGAGAACUCUCUAUAAACAGCGGUGAAUGUCUCGCGGAGGUGAAGCUAGGGAACUACCGGGGGGUGACCCGAUCCACACCGGCGUCGCACUGGGACCAGGUCUUCGCCUUCUCCAAAGACACAAUCCAGUCCUCCGUUAUAGAAAUCUUUUUAAAAGAGCGGGAAAAGGACGAGUUCAUCGGACGGUUAACAUUCGAUCUCAGCGAGAUCCCACGGCGGGUCCCACCCGAUAGCACACUGGCCCCACAGUGGUACCGCAUGGAGGACAAGAAGGGUGAGAAAACCAAGUCUGAAAUCAUGGUCUCCGUUUGGUUCGGGACCCAAGCCGAUGAAGCCUUCUCUGAAGCCUGGCACUCACGCGCAGCCGGCGUGCACGCCGAUGGGCUCAGCUCCAUCAAAUCAAAGGUUUAUCUCUCACCCAAGCUCUGGUAUCUCCGCGUGUCGAUCAUCGAAGCCCAAGAUCUCAUCCCGGGGGAGAAAGGAGCGGUCACGAUCGGCCGUUACCCUGAAGUCUUCGCCAAAGCACAGGUUGGCAACCAGCUUCUCCGAACCCGGUUCGCCCCGAUCACAUCGAACCGGUCUCCCGCCAACCCGGUCUGGAACGAGGACUUGCUGUUUGUCGUCGCUGAGCCGUUUGAAGACUACCUAUUGGUCUCGGUCGAAGACCGAGUCGGUCCGAACCGGGACGAGGUGUUGGGCCGGGUUCUCAUUCCUGUUUCGGCGAUUGAACGUCGAUGGGAUAAUAAGCUGGUUGUGUCUCGUUGGUUCGGUCUGGACCGGCCGCAUGUUGGUUCAGGUCCGGGUCGGUUCGGUAGCCGGGUUCACCUUCGCGUUUGCUUAGAUGGUGGCUAUCAUGUGCUCGAUGAGACCACAAUGUAUAGCAGUGAUCUCCGGCCAACUGCCAAGCAGCUAUGGAAGCAGCACGUUGGUGUUCUUGAGCUUGGGAUCCUCGGCGCCUCCGGCCUGAUGCCAAUGAAACUCAGGGAAGCCACCAAAGGUGGAACGGCGACAACCGAUGCUUACUGUGUUGCUAAGUAUGGUCAGAAAUGGAUUCGAACAAGGACUGUUGUUGAUUCAGUGUCACCUAGAUGGAACGAACAGUAUACCUGGGAGGUGUUCGACCCUUGUACUGUGAUCACCAUUGGUGUGUUUGAUAAUUGUCACUUGGACAAGAAUGCUGUUAACUUGCCUGCUGGUGGUGUUCGAGAUACUAGGAUUGGUAAGGUUCGAAUUCGGCUUUCGACAUUGGAGGCUGAUAGAGUUUAUACUCAUGCUUAUCCAUUGUUGAUGUUGCAUCCUUCUGGGGUGAAGAAGAUGGGGGAGUUGCAUUUGGCUGUGCGUUUCUCUUGUGCCAAUGUGGCUAACAUGUUGAAUGCUUAUGUUUGCCCUUUGUUGCCGAAGAUGCAUUAUGUGGAACCAUUGUUAGUGAGGCAGGUUGAGAAUCUCAGGUAUCAGGCGACGAAUGUCGUCGCCGUUCGACUUGGACGAGCUGAGCCGCCAUUGGGGAGGGAGGUGGUGGAGUAUAUGCUCGAUCAUGGAUCACAUAUGUGGAGUAUGCGGCGGAGCAAAGCUCACUUUUUUCGCCUUGUAUCAGUGUUAUCUGGGUUGAUUGCUUUUGGACGGUGGCUAGAGUCUGUUCGGAGCUGGCAGCGGCCGGUGCGAUCAGUCAUUGUUGUUUUGAUCUACAUUGUGUUUGUAUUGCUUCCUGAGCUGAUUGUGCCAACAGGGCUGCUUGCCAUGGCUUUUGUGGGGCUGUGGAGGUAUCGGUCUAGGCCACGGCACCCGCCGCACAUGGACACUAGGCUUUCGCAGGCAGAGACGGUGUAUGCUGAUGAACUUGAUGAGGAGUUUGAUUCAUUUCCGACAAGCCGUAGCGCGGAGGUGGUGAGAAUGAGGUAUGAUAGGCUGAGGAGUGUAGCCGGCCGGGUGCAAACGGUGGUCGGGGAUUUGGCCACACAGGCAGAGAGAUUUCAAGCUUUGAUUAGUUGGAGGGAUCCAAGAGCGACAUUCAUCUUCUUGGUAUUUUGUCUGGUGACUGGAGUCAUGUGUUUUGCUGUACCGGCGAGGGUUCUGGUGGGUAUAUGGGGAUUGUAUGAACUCAGGCCACCAAAGUUCAGGACUAGAUUGCCGUCUCCGGCCAUGAGCUUCUUCAGAAGGCUUCCUACUAAGGCUGAUAGUUUGCUCUGAAUUGAAGUAAUUUUGCUUGUUUUGUGGGGAAUUCAGCAGACAUUGCUUCAGUUUUUGCACCUAAUCCUGAAGUUUGUAUCAUGUUUAACGA